AUGGAAGUGAUAGGUAGCCAAAAGAAUGCAACUCCAGAGCUGUAUGCAGCAGAGUAUUAUCAACAAAUAAUACCGUUAAUUAAUGCCAUUUUCCUUUGUGCGUUUGUGAGUUUCUUUGGUAUUAUAGCUAACAUUAUUAAUUUAAUUGUGUACUAUCGGCAAGGUUUGAAGUCAACUAUUAAUCUUAGUCUGUUCGCUUUGGCUGUUGCUGACCUCAUGUGUCUGUUAGUUCAAGAAUGGAUGGUCACUGUGUAUUUUAUGAGUUGCCUUGGAGUAGCCGUUGAUUACUCAGAUUUUUUCCAUCUAACUGGUGGAUUGCCUCAUGAGACAUUGACCAGGCUGACUACAUCAAUUACUGUCUAUAUCACGGCAGAGAGAUGUAUAUGCGUUGUUUUUCCCCUGAAGAUGAAGCAGAUAAUUACCAUAAAGCGAACAGCGUUUAUACUUAUUUUUAUCUACGUUGUGACAUUUUCAUCAUGGAUUCCUCUCUACAGUACAUCGUCCCUGGUGUGGAAGUUCAUUCCAGAACUAAACCGAACUAUUCUCACUUCGGUUACCAAAGCUGGUAAGGAAGAAAUGGAUAAAGUACUUUACUUCAUCAACGCGAUUUUCGGAGUAGCAUCAGUGAGCACCGUUAUUUGUUUUACUUCAGUCCUAAUUUGUAUGCUAAGAGCGAAAUCUGUCUGGCGUAGAUCAGUAAGUAUUCAACAUAAUACAGAUAAUGCUAUGUCUAACAGGGAAAGGACUACAUCCACUAUGGUAGUCCUGAUUGCUGUCAUUUUAGUUGUAUGUUACAUGCCCUCUGUUAUACUAUGUGUGGUAACUUUCAUCGAACCAGAGUUUAACUUUGGCAGACGAUAUGUUGUGAUAUUUGACGUAUUUUGGUCUUUUGCCAUUUUGUUUGAGGACAUCAGCUCUAGUAUUAAUAUUUUAUUAUAUAUUAAAAUGAGUUCCAAAUACCGGAAUACUUUAAAAACCCUCUUCAAUAAGCGGUUCAAAAAUGCAUUUUAA